UGCAGGCAUUUUCUUGUUGUGGCUUCCUUUUUUUGUCUUGCAUUUAAAUAGAGCCGAUCGUUGUUAUUGGACCGAUAUUUAAGGAAUACCUAAUCGUUUAGGCAUCGGAAAUAAUUGCAUUUGGGUUCAAAAUUAAACCGCGCUGGAAAAGACAUUUGUAACGUGAAAUAACUAUCGAGGCAGCAAAUAGCGUGAUGAGCGCUGGAUAUUCCGUCGGAUUACUGGCAUUUUCUUUUUUUUUCCGCUAAUACUGUCAUUAGAAUUUUUGGAUAUGGAAAGUUGGGUGAACAUGUUUAAAUCUACAUUUCGCUGUGUUGUUACUCACUUCGAUUCCUCGGGGUCGCCUCGCUAAGUUGUUACCUUAAUGCACAAUGCGUGCAGCUACCCAACUAUUAUUUUGCAGGAGUGUGAUGUAACGGCAAAGCCAACACAGACAUGCAGGCUAUCUUGGUCGGCUAACAAAAUACUAUACGAGAGAAAGAAUACCGCUAGCUUGCUAAACAGCUAUGUGUCUACGUUUUGCAACUGUGUAAUUAUCCAAGAAGACUAUGUACUUGGAUAACUGCUUUCAUACGUGUUCCUGAACAGAAUGUGACACGACCAGUUUUACUGCUCAGCGGCAACUUUAUAAAAAAUAAUUUAAAGAAACGAUUCGACAGACUCGUGAAAUAAACGAUGGAAGUCAAAUUGUACGUCGCUAACUAGUUAGCUUCCCCGGUGUCAACCAAUCCUUUCGAGGAGGAGUUUGUUGAAAGGUGGAGUGCUGCCUGGUGUUGCUCUAUUUGCCAAAUCAUUGACCCUUCAAAACAUAACCGCUUAGAUUUGCUCGGUGCCUAUGCAUUCGGGCGAUUAUUAAGUAUUUGGAGGAUAACUCAUACGGAUCUAGCGUCCUUCACAUGCGAAAGAUGCAAGGGGUCUCGGUGGUAUGGGAUGUGACUGGCGCUUGGUAAUAAUAAUUGCUAAGUAGUUACCUUAAAAGGCGGGGCAAUUGAAUAUCAGUAGCAGGUCGAAAUAGCCAAUAAACUCUUUUUAAGGGGGAGCGAGAGCCUAUUUUCGAUGAUUGACGUGCUCUUUAUCAAAUCAGAAAUCGAUUUUUUCUGCCUUUACAACCAAUAUUAAAGUUGCGAGGGAGGGCGCAUCGCGGUGAAGGUAAGGUUUAAUGAGACUCCAUUGGGUUGUAAUCAGUGUCAUGUCGGAUUCAUGUAAACUACAACAUUGUAACAAAAUGGCGUCUGUUAGGUACCACCAGCGGCAGGCAACAGCGCAGCCCUCAGCCACUCACACGCUAGAAGUCAAGGUUUCCACUGAGUCCAGGAGGAAUUUUAAAGAGUUUGUGCUUUUUGGGUGAUGAUAGUCAACUUUAUUAAGGAUAUUUUUGAAAUAUAUCCUCUGCUAAAUCUAUCUUGCUGACUCUUCCCAGGAUUUACAAGAAUGCCCUACACUAUGCUUUGUCACAUAUUUUUACAAUCCUUUUCACUGUAUGGAUGCCAUUAAUUAGUAACAGAGAAAGAGAAAUCUCUAUGGAUCACCUCUGCCUGAAGCAAAGUAUUCAACCAUGGUAAAACUUGCAAACCCACUAUAUACGGGGUGGAUUCUCGAAGCAAUACAAAAGAUCAAAAGGCAAAAGCAGAGACCAUCUGAAGAGAGAAUCUGUCAUGCAGUAUCAACAUCACAUGGACUGGACAAGGAGACCGUUUUGGAGCAGUUGGAAUUAAGUGUCCAUGAUGGCUCCAUUCUCAAGGUGACAAAUAAGGGAAGUGCUUCUUAUAAAGACCCAGAUAAUCCAGGGCGAAUAGCACCUCUCAAAUCUGGAGGCUUCUCUGUGUCUCUAAAGGGAUCAGCAUGGAGCUCAAGCGACCUACGCUAUGUAGACUGGAAUAAGAUCUUGCGGCAAGCUAUCGAAGCUCUCAAUGACCCCAUUGGUUCCUCUUUGAAGAACAUCGAAAGGUAUCUCAGGAACCAGGAUGACUUGUCGAACAUCAUAAGCAACCCCACUUUCCAGCAGCGGCUAAGGUUGGCAGCCAAACGGGCGGUUAACAAUGGAAGGCUGCUGAAGAAUGGGCCGCUGUACCGGAUGAACUAUGGAAGUGUUGAAGGAAGAGGAUCUUCCAGGUGUACAAGUGCUUCCCCAUCAUUCCUCCCCCUUGCAAGUCUUCUUCCACAUGAGAAAGACCAGCCUCGCGCUGACCCCAUCCCCAUAUGCAGCUUUUGUCUGGGCACGAAGGAGUCCAACCGCGAGAAGAGGCCCGAGGAGUUGCUUUCCUGCGCGGACUGUGGGAGCAGCGGACAUCCGUCCUGUCUGAAGUUCUCUCCAGAGCUGACCACGAAUGUAAAGGCGCUGCCGUGGCAAUGUAUUGAAUGCAAAACGUGUAGUUCCUGUCAAAUCCAAGGGAAAAAUGCUGAUGACAUGCUAUUCUGCGAUUCUUGUGAUCGGGGUUUCCAUAUGGAGUGCUGUGACCCACCGCUUUCGAGAAUGCCAAAAGGAAUGUGGAUCUGCCAAGUGUGUAGGCCAAAGGAAAAGAGAAAGCGUUUGCUGCAUAAGAGAGCUGCCCAGAUCAAACGUCGAUAUGCAAAGCCGUUAGGAAGACCCAAAAAAAAGCCCAAACAGUGUACCAUGUCUGUAACCAGUGGAGGCGGUUCCAUGAUAGCACUGGCUGGAAGGGGGUCACCUGGUAGGGGUCAAAAGAUUACCGUCUGUACCACACGUUCAUCUGGUCAUGCCGCAUCUGUGACGGACGCAAGACACAGGGAGCUGGCUCUUACAGACCCCUGUUGGGCUGAUGACGCCACCAAAUUCACCACCACCACCCCCACCCCCACCCCCGCGUGUUUCACGUCCACAUCCACCUCCCCCAAACUCACUGUUAACAAGAAAACCAAAGGUCUUAUUGAUGGGCUUUCGAAAUUUUUCACGCCGUCGCCGGUCGGCCGCCGGUCGCGGGGUGAGGCGGUAGGCCCAUCGAGGCGGGGGCGCCCAAGGAAGCGGGGGCUUCAGAAACCCCCGUCCGCUCCUCAUUCCUGCAUUGUGGCCCCUGGCACCACCCAAAAGCUAACAACCACCACCACCCCCCCCCUCAGUGCACUCCCGCCCGGUCCUCCAUUACCUGGACAGAGCCCCACCUCUCAGAAAUCCAACAGUUCCACCUUGGCUAACUCCCCCCAGAGUUCUUCGAGCCAGUCUAGUGCGCCUUCCUUUAGUAGCCUCUCCAAUAACAGCCAACUUAAGGGACUUUUCGAUGGACUCUCUCAUAUCUAUGCCACUCAGGGACAAUCUCGGAAAAAGGGACUCCCUAGUUACGCCCCACCUAAGCGCACGCGCCGUAAGCCGGAUUUGUCUUCCACGGCAAAGUCUUGCCCCCAGCUCCACGGAAAGAAAGACGUUAAGAAUAGGAUGGCGGCCCACUCUUCCCCCCUCUCCGGGUGGGGCCUGCCGAGAGGACGCCCCUUUAAGGCGGCUGGUCAUUUCAGGCGACAGUCCUUCCUCAGAAAGCACAGGAUGCUAGGCAGGUUAAAAUAUAAAGUGACCCCUCAGAAGGGUACCCCCUCUCCAGGGAAGGGGGGCUUGACAGAUGGAAGGAGUAAGCCUGAGCACACUGAUGAAAAUGAAGGCAUCAGGAAAGUAAAGCAGGAGACUCCAGACUUGAGUGCGGCAGUUUCAAAGGAGCACGUUACACAAGAGGAUUUAGAGAUUUUUAAGCAAGUGCUGGAGCUCUCGAUGCAGAAAACAGGGUGUGCAAACACAACAGGUUCUGGGCGGUACCCCACAGUCAUUGACUUUGGGAAGUACGAGAUCCAGACCUGGUACUCUUCGCCAUACCCGCCCGAAUAUUCAAGAUUACACAAGCUGUAUCUCUGCGAGUUCUGCUUGAAGUAUAUGAGGAGCAAGAAUAUUCUCCAGCGGCAUUCGAAGAAGUGUGGAUGGUUUCACCCACCAGCCAAUGAGAUAUACCGAAAGGAUGACUUGUCUGUGUUUGAGGUUGAUGGUAAUAUAAGCAAAAUAUUCUGCCAAAACCUCUGCUUGCUGGCUAAACUCUUUCUGGACCACAAAACGCUUUACUAUGAUGUCGAGCCUUUCCUUUUUUACAUACUUACAAAAAAUGAUGAAAAGGGAUGCCAUCUUGUGGGAUACUUUUCAAAGGAGAAGCUGUGCCAGCAGAAGUACAAUGUCUCAUGCAUAAUGAUCAUGCCUCAGUACCAGAGGCAGGGCUAUGGCCGCUUUCUCAUCGACUUCAGUUACCUACUGUCGAGGCAAGAAGGACAAGCGGGCUCCCCUGAGAAGCCGCUGUCAGAUCUGGGCCGCUUAUCCUACUUGGCAUAUUGGAAAAGUGUCAUACUAGAGUACCUUUAUAACCACCCAGAUAAACACAUCAGUAUUAAGGGAAUAAGCAGAGCUACUGGCAUGUGUCCACAUGACAUUGCCUCAACUCUGCAGCACCUCAAUAUGAUUGACAGGCAGGAUGGCAGAUUCGUCGUCAUACGGAGGGAGACACUGAUCCAGAAGCACAUGACGAGGUUGAAGACAAACCCCCGCCGGAACGAAGUGGACCCCAACUGCCUUCGGUGGUCUCCCGUCAUGACCUUCAGCACGGUGCUGUCUGAGGAAGAGCGCGAGGCUGAGAUGGAGGCCGAGCGUUUGGAGCAGGCCAGCUGUUGGGAGAAAGAGGAUCGGGAGCCUUGCUCGUUAAGUCACUCGAGCAGACCGCCAUCCUCAAAGGUGCUCAGCAGAAAGCCACCCUGGAAGGCGCCGGACCGUGCAUUCAGUGUGGCGGCAGGGGCCGUGCGGGAGAGCGACGAUUACAGCGAGGAGGAUGGGGAUUCUGACCUCUCCCCACCCAUCCUCACCAAAGCUCAGGCUAUGCUUGGAGCCAAAAGGAAGAGGCCCAUCCUCAGGCGCAAGAGAGGCAGGAAGAGGAAAAGGAUCAACAGCAGCGUGACGACAGAGACCAUCUCCGAGACCACGGAGGUGCUCAACGAGCCCUUUGAGAACUCCGAAGACGAGAGGCCCAUGCCUCUACUGGAGCGCACUGGUAGAAAUGGAGAGACUGAGGAGGAGGAGGAGGAGGAGGAGGAUGAAGAGGAGGAAGAGUCCAAGUUGGUCAGGAAAUCUAUGGCUCGCCACUGGGACAGGCAGAGAGCUAUGAAGGACAUGGAGAAAGACAAUCACAAAUGCCAAAAUGAGGCUGUGGCGGAAGGGCACCUUAAAGUUUUGAUGAAGGAAGACAAUCCUCGGCCGCCCAAGCGCAAGAAAGGGUGGCCCAAAGGGGUUAAGCGAGGGCCCCCGAAAUGGAGGCUCAAGAGGGAGCAGAAAAUGGGCUUUAAGCUGAAUCUCUAUACUCCACCCGAAACGCCUAUGGAGGCCGACCAUCAGAUCCCAAUCGAAGAACCGAAGGAGAGUCCAGAGAAGGCUCCUGCCAUCACAGAGGAGGAUGUCGAACCUGGAAAAGAUGUGGAGCCUCUGGAUGCAGAAAUUGAUACUCUUCUCUCAGACCCCCAAGCUCCUGAAGUUUCAACCCCCAAGAAACAGGACCAGUUUUUUGACAAACUGGGUUCUCCCGAAGAUUCCUUUAGCCACGACGAAAGCCAAGAGGAUGCUGACAAUGCAGUAGACGAUCAGGACGAAAGCAAGCACAUGGUCGACGAGCAGGAGCACAGUACGCGAAUGGAUGAGAUUGACGAAGAUGAGGAGGAAGAGGAGGAGCCGGUGCAUGUCGAAGAUCAUGACGCUGAUGAUGAAGAUGAUGGCCAUGCAGAUUCAGCUGAUAUCGAAAAAGAUGGGAAAGUGCAGGACGCUUUAAAAGAUCCAGAAGAAUACAAAGAACCUUUUUUAGAUCCAAACGAUCUAAACGGCCAGGAACCAUGUCAGGAGGACCCAGCUCCGAGCUGCGACGGAGAGCUCCCUCCCACUGCCAGCAAGGGCAUUGAGGAGGUCACGGCUGACUCGGAGCGUCCUGUGGAUUCGGAGUCUGAUGAAGAGCACAAUCGUGAACUGCACCAAAAGGAGAGCGAAUCCCUGGGAUUGGUGGUAAGAAAGGGCGCUCAUGCUUCCUGCCACGAGAUCGAUUCAGAGACUGUGCAGGCAGUCCAGUCGCUUACCCAAGAAGCUGAGCAGGACAGCCAUUUCCAGGACUGUGCUGAAACGCAGGAGGCUUGCCGGAGCCUGCAGCGAUACACUCAUAUAGACCAAAGCCCCCAGAUGGCGCCCCUGGACGACUGUCAGCAGUCAAAUCACAGCAGCCCCAUGUCAUCGGUCCACUCUCACCCCAGCCAAUCUGUUCGCUCCGUCAGCAGCCCCGCCGUUUCCGUCUUGGAGAGCAGCUACGCGCAGAUCAGCCCCGACCAGGGUGCCAUCUCCAUGCCAUCCCUGCAAAACAUGGAGACGAGCCCCAUGAUGGAUGUCCCCUCUGUUUCGGACCAUUCACAGCAGGUCGUCGACAGCGGGUUCAGCGACCUGGGAAGCAUCGAAAGCACAACAGAAAACUAUGAGAACCCAAGCAGCUACGACUCCACGCUCGGGGGCAGCAUAUGCGGGACGAACUCCUCGCAGAGUAGCUGUUCCUACAGCAACAUCUCCUCCAGUGGCCUGUCCCAGAGCAGCUGCGCUGUGACGCAGCAGAUGGCCAGCGUCAACGGGAGCUGCAGCAUGAUUCAACAGAACAGCAUGAGCUCUCCACAGAGCUGUGGGGUUAAGUCCCCCCAGGGCUGUGUCGUGGAGAGGCCCCCCAGUGGAAACCAGCAUCACCAGCAGCAGCUCUCUCAAUGUGGCAUGCCUACCACCUUCACUUCGCCCAUGCAGCUCAGCGACAUCCCAGAGUCCGGCAACCCAAACCUCGGUCUCUACGAGCGGAUGAGCCAGAGUGACUACGCCGGGGGGCAUUACCCCCAGCCGUCUGCCACGUUCAGCCUGGCCAAGCUCCAGCAGUUGACCAACACGCUGAUGGACCACCCUCUGCCUUUCAGCCAUUCGUCCUCGCACCCCAUCACAUCCUAUGCAAACACCGUCCCCCUGUCUUCGCAGCUCAGCAACUCCGGCCUUGUGUCAUUGCCGCAGUCCCCACACGCGGUCCCUGGGGGACCCCAGACACAGGCCACCAUGACCCCUCCCCCAAACCUCACCCCCCCGCCGAUGAUGCUACAGCGCAACAUGGCGGCGUCAAACAUGGGAAUACCCCCGUCACAGAGGCUUCAAACUCAGAUGGCCGCCAAGAACCACAUCUCGAUCCGGUCCAAGUCUGUACCCUUGUCGCAUCACCAACAGCAGAUGUACGGCCGGACCCCACAGGGCGUCCCUAUGCAGACCCCUGGUCGGACGCUGGCCAUGCCUCGGAUGAACAUGGGGGUGAAUCUUAUGCCUGCACCAGCUUACAACGUGAAUUCCAUGAACAUGAAUAUGGCCCCUCUCAAUGCCAUGAAUGGGUACCGGAUGACUCAGCCCAUGAUGAACAGCGGCUACCACAGCAACCAUACCUACAUGAACCAGUCCCCGCAAUACUCUAUGCAGAUGGGCAUGAUGGGAACACAGCCAUACCCCCAACAGCCCAUGCAGGCUCCGCCCCAUGCCAACAUGAUGUACACCCCAGCCAGUCACCAUGGUUACAUGAACGCCAGCAUGUCCAAACAGUCUUUAAACGGACCUUUUAUGAGACGCUAGUCUUCAGUUCUUGAUCUCCAAUAGCCCAUUUUUAUUUACAGUUUUUAAUUUUUUUAUUUAUAUAAUUUUUUCCCCCCCCCUUGUAUGUAGUUAUUUUUGGUUACUCUAUGGAAAAACCAGCACUUGGUAAGAAUGCAAAAAAAGAAAAAAAAAAAAAAAAAUGUUUUUGACACAUUCUCUAAGCUUAUUUUUUUUUUCCUGGUUUUUGGGAAGCCUUACAUUAACAGAUUUGAUUUGAUUUAGUGUCGUCCGCUCUCAAAUGUAUUUGAUGAUGAGCUUCAGCAAGAGGAGGCUUCUGUACCGGCUCUGCGGUUUUUUGGCAGCCUGGGUGAUGAAGCUAUUUAAUGUGCCUGCUACCGAUAGUGAACGUGUAUUAGAGCCUUUCAGUCUACCUGUCCAACAGUACUGAAAUUUAGUUUGUACCAUAAUUUAUGCCUUUGUACGUUUAAAUUAUUGUACAUUGUUUUAUUUUUUGUAAAGUGACACUUAGCAUGCUACAAUGUCUUUGUUAGUGACAGUGCAUUAAGUAGUACUGUACAAGUGUUGUGCUUAAUAGCAAGCCAUUUUAAAAAUGUAUGGCCUUCAUUAGAUUUCCCUGUUAUGGGAGAAAGAUUAUACUAUAUUUUUGUUAAUUCUAAUACUGUACAAAUUGUAAACUUAGUUUUGUUUUUGGUUAAGUUUGAAAGGUUUUAUUGCUAAAUGUGUAUAAUUCUGAACUUUUUGUAACAAAUUUCCUUAAAGGAGGCAGCUUUCUGUUUUAUAAUGCAGACUGAUUUCUGUCUAAAUAAUGAAGCAUAUCUCAUAUUUGUACCCGAAAAGUUCUAAAACAUUUCAAAGUAUGCGAACCGAAAUGUGGCAGAAUUUUAAAAAGUAACGCUGAUGAAGAUAAAAUAAAUUUAGUCCAAAGUUGUAUUUUAUGGAAAUGCCUUUAACUUUACAUUUUCAUUCCAUCUGUAGAUUUGUUUUCUAUCUUUAUAAGAUGUGGGAUUUAUAUUUUACGAAAGCGUAGAGCAGUAGCCUGUGAAUAGAACAAACUAAGCUAAUGAAUCGCAUGUAAAAAGCAAAUUGUACUCGUGUCUGUUAAUACUCCUUUUUUUUGUAGCCUUUGUACCUGUACAGAGUGGCUGGUAGGAAUGAGAGGGGAAAACCUGCUUAUGUGUACAAAAUAGUACAGAACAAGUCUCGUAUUUAUGAGUUAUCUUAGUCCCUUAAAAUGCUGUACAUUUUAGCAUAAAAUAAAUUAUGAUGAACCAUGUG